AUUAGCAUAAGCACAAGAAAAGCCUUUAAUUUGGUAUCAUUCAUCAAUCACAACAACAACAACCACAUAAACCAAUUUUAUAUAUAUUAAUUUUUUCCUUCUUUAUUAUUAUUGGUUAGUGGUUUAUGUGAUUCAUCACAUCUUCAUACUGCAUACGUCUCUCUCUCUCUCUCUCUCUUGAUUGAAUUUCACUUCUCAACUGAUUCUCAAUUGAUAUAUGGAAAAUACUGCUACCAUGAUGCCAGAUACCAAUACUUUAAGCUACUGGUUGAAUUGGAGAUUCUUCCUUUCAGCACUGUUUAUUUUAUUCAGUAUGGGAUUGGGAUCGUUUUUGAUAUGGAGGUAUGAAGAAUUCAAUAAAUCAAGAAACGAGAGGGUAGUUGAAGAAGGGCGGCGGGAAUCUGCUGGAUUGCUGUAUGAAGAUGAAGCAUGGAUUACUUGUGUUAGAGGGAUUAAUCCUAAAUGGCUUCUUGCUUAUAGAAUAAUUGCUUUUCUUGUGCUUUUGGGUUUGCUUGUUGCUAAUGUAGUUGUUGCUGGUGCUGGCAUAUUUUACUUCUACACUCAGUGGACAUUUACUUUGGUCACUAUUUACUUUGCGAUUGCGUCUUGUUUCUCCUUCUAUAGUAUUUACUUUAACCACGCAAAAUUUGAGGGAAAUACAUUAGAUGCAGAACGAGGCUCUUAUGUUGCUCCUACACUUGAUGGAAUUGCAGAUGUACCUAUCCUAUCUAAGAGUUCUCAUGCUUCUCGGGAAACUAUCAAUCAGAAUACUGCUGGUGUAUGGGGUUAUAUUAUUCAAAUAAUGUUUCAGACUUGUGCAGGUGCUUCGAUGCUCACUGACAGUGUAUUCUGGCUCGUUCUUUAUCCUUUUAUGACACCCAAAGACUUCCGUCUCGAUAUAUUUACGGUUGGUAUGCACUCUGUUAAUGCUGUGCUCCUCCUUGGCGAAACAUCAUUAAACUCCAUGAGCUUUCCAGUGUUUCGAUUUGCAUAUUUUAUCUUGUGGACGGCUGCAUUUGUGAUUUUUCAGUGGUUCAUCCAUGCCGUUGUUUCGCUUUGGUGGCCUUAUCCUUUCCUUGAUUUGUCAUCCCCAUUUGCACCCUUAUGGUACUUGGCUGUUGGCAUAAUUCACAUUCCAUGCUAUGCCAUCUUUGCCUUAAUAGUGAAGUUGAAGCACUUGUGGUUGUCAAAAUUGUGUCCUGGUUGUUGUCAAUUUGUACGAUGAAAACAGCAUUCCAAACAUUAAUUAAUCUUUGGAGUAGAGCUGUCCAAAGCAUUUUGAUUUGUGAAGAUUAAAUUUAGAUCCUCUUAGGCCCUAAAAAAAAUGUACAGAGGUUGCAUUUUUAUGCAGGGGUAGUUUUGAGGAUGCAUAUUUGUAUUUAUGAUGUAAGAUUAAACUCAUAAAAGUUCUCUGAUCUGUUUUGUAAGUUGGUGUUUGUUGUGAUGUCUUCCAUCAAAGUUAAAAGUUUCCACCA